AUGAAUCACACCUUUGCAUACCCUGAAGAUCAAGCUUCGUUAUCUGAGGGAGCAACCACUCAGCACGCGCUGUCAUCUAAUACCCGAGCCGAGUCAUUCCCAUCUCAUGGUGCGCCUUUGUCCUUUCAACCGAUCCAGAGUCCCCUUUUAUCCGAAAUUCUAGUCGCAAGAUCUAGUAGUGAUUCAGAGCUUACUAGCUCAGACAAGCUAUCCGCACUCCCCGACUCUCCUUUGUCGCGUCCUCGUGUCUUAAGCAGUAUGGAACGUCAGGCCAUUCAAACUUCACAAUCGGCUCCUUCCUUGGAGGGUUUCACGCAUCAUCCUAAUACUUCCACCCCUGACAUGUCCAGGGCAACCGCCUCAGAAGGUGCUAUCAACAAGGGUAGUCCAUUUCAACGCGUCUCUUUCGAGAGCGGCAUUUCUCGCAUACCACCCCCUCCCAGCAAUAUGUCUCGUCCAGGGAAUAAUGUACACCACCCCUUACUUCGCGACGGUGGCGCUCCGCCAAGGUCACCGCUUAUCGAGUCAACAUUAUCCCGAUUUCGCCGCCCAAGCGACCCCCCUCGACCAUCCUCAGCCAUGCCAUCCUCAGCCAUGCGCGCAGAGGCUCAGACAUCCAGGAAGGGUAGCUACGAAUCUCCUUCCGCGUCACACUCUCGGGCUGCAUCUCCCAUGCGUAUAUUUGCAUGGCCUGCCUUUCGUCGUAGGGAAACACGCGAAGAGCCAUUCGUCCCUCAGAACCCCUUCCAAAGGCGAAACCCAUUGCGCAGAUUUUCUAUCGGCAGCCCUGAUCGCAACAAUGAUGAAAGCUUUGAUCCCAACUGCGAGGACGCGCUCAAGCAAUGUCUACCCCGUCCAGUAACAUGUAUCCCCUUAAAGGCUUCACGGAAAUUCCUCCGCUCCUCUCGUGACUUUUUGAUGGAUACUCUCCCCCGACAAAUAUAUCUGCACUUACUGCUUCGCCUUCCCUCUCUUUAUUUUUCACGCAUCGCUCGUAUUUAUCAAGAUGCAGAGCUCAGUCGCCCAGAUAUUGAACGAUUGAUUGAAGCCUGUGCCUCCCAAGUGCCGAACCCCACCUCCAGCCCCAUACCGCCAGGGGCUCACUACCACCCACAGCCUGCUCUUCCUUUAGCAGAUGAAUGGACCAUCGCAAACGUCUCCCCAGCUCUCAUCAGAUUCAAGCAUUCCUGGGAGGCGUUCAUUGACUCCCUACUCCGAGAGUGGAAGACGCUAAACCUGGUCUCCGCUUUAUUGCUUUCUGCCAUAUUAUCCAUGUUUCAGAAUACUAUGAUGGCUCAGGAUCCUGUGAUCCGCACAGCAGCGCUACUUUCGCUGACAUCUGCAUUGAUGAGCCUAUUUUUCGGCUGUAUCUACAUUGUCCGCUUUGGCACCAUGAGAAGUAUGUACAAAGCCACCCGUUGGGCUGAGGAAGCACGUAAAACAACAACAUUCAUUUGGUGGAAUGUGUGGGUACUAUUAGCAAUGCCUGCUGUAUGGCUUGCCUGGUCUAUGUGUUUCUUCAUAGCCGCUAUCCUCUCCUUUGUGUGGCGCUCUGAUUCUUCAACAGAUAAUACCAGCCCCGCACCGCUCUCCCCAACCGCCGUAUUGGGCCCGCGCAUCGCCAUCACGGCACUAUUCAUAGUCGGGCUGAUCGACUUUGUGCUGAUCGUCAACACACUGCAUAACUACGGACGCACGCGGGAUGUAGAAGCUGAAAUGCGGUUACUGGGCACGGGUGAAUCGACGCAAGCACACCGGGCUUCUGCUGACCGUGAGCGGGAGGACCGAGGGAGACGGGCAGGACAUCUGUCAAGAGGGAGAGCGCGCUUCGCGGGAGAGGGGCGUGGGCGUCCCGACGGAGAUCGCCCGUCUGAGGGUGGCGUGCUGUCAGCUGUCACGGGUCUCGGUCUUACAAACCUUGAUGGCGUGCUGAAUUCUAGUCCCCGUAGCUCCAACGAACUGUCACGGGAGAAGGAGAAGGACAAUACUGUGGUGAUGGUGGCUACCAAUAGCUGA